AAAGAUGCGGAGCAUGAGAUAAUAUAAAAAAAAAGAAGAAAUCUAUUAAGAGAAGUGUGGUAUUGUAUUUUUCAUCUGUUUGGAACCCCAAGUAGGAAAAAAAAUAUCCAAUAAUAAACUAUGUCCAUCCAAUCACCUUCUCUAGAAAUGGGCAGGAAAUGCUCACAUUGUGGAAACAUAGGCCACAAUUCAAGGACCUGCACCACUUUUAGAGGGUCUAGUGUUGUGGGAGGACUUAGGCUUUUCGGUGUUCAACUUGGCAUCUCUUCAUCAUCAUCAGACAGUAUGAAGAAGAGUAUUAGCAUGGAUUGCUUAUCGUCCUCAGCCUCUCCUUCAUCUCCCUCUCCUUCAUCUUCUUUGUCUUCUCCUAGAAUCUCCAUGGAUGAACUUUCUGAUAAAACUACUUCCAAUAUUGGUUAUCUAUCUGAUGGUCUCAUGGCCCCAUCUCAUGAAAGAAAGAAAGGAGUUCCAUGGACAGAGGAGGAACAUCGAGUGUUUUUAAUAGGGUUGGAGAAGCUAGGGAAAGGAGACUGGAGAGGCAUCUCUAAAAACUUCGUUACUACAAGAACUCCAACCCAAGUUGCAAGCCAUGCUCAAAAGUAUUUUCUUCGACAGUCAACUCUCAACAAAAAGAAGCGCCGUUCCAGCUUGUUUGACAUGGUUAGAAGCAGUAGCAUGGUUGCACCUUAUGUUAAUACCUCAAACUCCCAGCAUCAUCAUCAUCUCAUGUUCGAUAAGUUGCAGUACGGAUGCAUUGAUUCUCAGACAAAAACAUCAAAUGCAACAGCAGAAUCCAUGUCUUCAAAUCUGGUGCCCGAUUUGGAACUCAAACUUGCCGCCCCAAGACCGGGUUUAGAAGAAAACAAUAAGUCAUCCCCGACAACCCUCCUUAUCAGAUCUAUUAGCGUUACUUGACAACUUCUGCUAAGAACAAAACUGAAAUGAAUAACCAUGUAGUUCAUGUUUAGACUGAUUAAAAUGAAGCCACCUAAUACUAGUGAUUAGUAGCAUUAUUUAUGGACAUUUUCCAGAUUAGUAAAUAUUUUCUCAAAAUGAUCAAUAAUUAUUCCUUUAACAUUAUCCUAUUUAGACAA